CGUGUGCGUGGAACAUUGGAAAAUCUGGAAAGCGCACUGGAAAGGAUUCCAAAAGGCAAAAUCGUGUGAUAUUUUUUUUGCAACAUUUCAUCAAAAUAUCAAUGAAAAUUUUAUUUGCAAUAGUUUAAACGAGAGUUACUAGAAAAGAAUAAUUAGUGCUGUGAGGUUUGAGUAGAAAAUGAAUAGUAUAGGCGAAAAUUGCAAUGAAUUAAAGCGGACAUACGAUGCCUGCUUCAAUAGUUGGUUUGCUGAGAAGUUCUUGAAAGGGAGUAAUGAUGAAUCCCAAUGUGAGCCCCUUUUCAAAGUCUACCAGCAGUGUGUCAAGACGGCAAUGAAGGAGCAGAAGAUUGAGAUUGGAGAAAUUGAGGCUGACCAUUUAGGAUCGGAAAAGGAGUAUAAACCGCCUCCAGGAAGUUCCUCAAGUUGACACCCCCUAUCCUGUUACAUCCCGUGCUUCAGUAGAUCCAGCAGAGAAGGAAAGUAGUUUUAUUUCUAGUCUCGAUUUCCACCUUUUUCUGGGCUUGAUUUUCAUUCCUCGUGGAAAUCUCAACAUUCACCUCCUUUGUGGUACAUGCGAAUUAUAUUAAUAUGCUUUUGUACUACUCUUUUAAACUAUUAAUCAGAAUUUAUUGAUAAUUCAUUGGAAAAUAAAUUGUAACAAAAGAAAAAUACAUUUACGAGUGAAAUCUAA